AUGCAGGCACUAGCACAAUCUGGAAAUGGAUUUAAUAUUACGUGCCAAAACAUCAUCCUAGACAGUGAUACUCUUACUGAAGGCAGAUCAAACAGUCAAUCCCACUACUUGACUCAACCAUUACAGCCGACCAGUGAUUCCGAUUACGAUCACAUCCUUUCUCAACUACAUCAUGCACUAACCAAAACAAAGAGAAAAUUAAAUUCAGCAGAAGUAGAACUGUUAAAUAAGAGCGAUGGGCAGCUCGGUAGAAAAGAAAGUACUGGAAGAUCUCAAACGACGAUAAGAUUUAAAAAUGAAGCAUUAUCCACGAAGUAUUCUGUUUCUACGCAAACUAUUUCUACGAGUGAGAUAGAUGAGGAAUUAUCGUCAAAUGGUAAUUUUCCAAUGCAAGACGUACAUUCUGAGUUAGUAGCUAUCAAUGAACAUCUGAAGAGGCAAAGUCAGGCAUUGCUGGAUAGACAAUACGAGCUUGACAAAAGGGAAUCUGCUUUAGCUGAAAUGGAAGAUACAUUCAGAGCUGCUACUAGCACAUCACUGCGGCAGCUUGUUGAAUCUGAAAUUGAAGAUCGAUGGUAUAAACUAAAACAGAUUGAUACUCUAACGGAACAAAAUAAAAGAUAUCAAACACAAAUCAGUACGUUAAAUAGAAGAUUUAAGAAUCUUCAGCAAAAACAUGCGUUUACCUUAAAAAAAGCAUCCACUGCCCUCCAUGUGGAGAAAGCAACAACCGAUUCUUUAAAAAAGCCACUGAUUGGUACUGCCGUAAAGCCUCACCAACAAUCUACUCUAUCAAAGGAAUCAUUAGGGAUUUAUGAUUUAUUAUCGAUAAUACUAGAAUGGAUUGUAGACGUUCACUUAGGGCAUAUAGUUGACGAUUUAGAGCAACAAGGUAUCAAGAAAGGUUCCCCAUCUCUACCAGCAGCGUUUCUUAAUGAAAGAUGUGCCAAGGUGUUACCAUUUUUAGCAGAAAUUCUACCAUUAUUACCUUCUGGCCACUUAAAAAUUCAGCAGCCAUGUUUGCAGUUUAUUUACUGGUCAGUAAUCCAUUUAGAUAUGGCAGGAUCACAGCGUGUAAUCCUUGCAUCCACAUAUCGUCGGAUUGGAGAAGAAUUAUUUAAGCCAACAAUGUCACGACCAAUUGGAGAAGCAACGGUUAAUGCUAGUAACUUAUCAUCAAGUAUUCAUUAUCCGGAGAAAAACAAAUGCAAUUUAUAUUUGCAUAGUACAAAUUUACGAAUUCGCAUUCUGUCUGCUCUAAUAAUAUUAAAAAUAAUGAAUCAAGCUGAUCGUUUAGCGUCGGUAUUAGAAAUAUUGCAUAAGGAUCUCAUGACUGAUAUGGGUAAAGAGAUACUCCUUCAAUGCAAAGGAAUUGCAGUUGUAACCAUUUACUUGAAGGCAUCCAACAAAGUCUUACUAGAGAGAGUUGUUGAUCUUAUGCUGCUGAUGUCAAUGGAAUCACCUUUAUUAGACGAUUUUCUAAACAGUUGUAGUAAUGAAUCUUGGUUUAGAGCCUGCAGCGCUGUUAUUAGAUCCCCUAGUACCAACUCUUUGGUUAUAGAAAAGCUAAGCAUAAUAUUACAACGGCUAUCGAAAAUGAAGUAA